UUUGAGUAGAUACACUGGCAUGACUACCUUCCUUGGAACUGCUCAUUUGAUAACCUUUAUACUGUUCAUAAAUUGUGCGCAAGGAAACUUCACUGUUCCCGUACCUCGGAAACCAGUGCUUUAUGCCUAUGGUUGGCCAAAUGCUAAUAAAGUGAUAGCUUCUGUGAAAACCAUAAGCAUAGAAGGAAUAGUCAGCUAUGACUUGUUUUUGGAAGUUGGUUAUUGUCCGGAUGAUUCAUUCAACCCCAGUGGGAAGUGUUCUUCAAAUGUCACAGGUUUUACUCCAGUUGACAAAUGCCAUCAUGUAGAAAAUGACUCAAGUUCAUCGACUGGAAAGGUUCUUCAGUGCACUGUUUGUAACAACUCCAAAAAGUGUGAAUCGUGGGGUUUGUUUUCAAGGAAUAAAGUCAUCUGCGCAUACUUAGAGGUGACCACUCUAAAUGGCACUGUCUGUUCUUCUUGUUCUUGCAGAGCCUAUAGUGAUAUUCUUGUUAUCCUUCCAGCAAAAAGUCUACAACUUCUUCCAGUCUCACAGAGAGAAUUAACAGUUCUGUGGGAAAGGCCAGAAGAAAUGGAGAGCCCUAUACUCACCUAUAAAUUGAUUCUUCGUGACCACUCGGGGAAAUGCCAAGGGAACAUUGAGGAUGUGGAUGACCAGGUUCAAGGGAAUCAGACGAGAAAUACAUAUAGCUUUACUAAUUUAAUGCCAUGGUCGAGCUAUUCAGUGAUUGUCUGUUCGUUCCUGCUGGGGGGAAACUUAGUAAAUGAGACAACAUGCACCUGUGGUGACCACCGCCAUCAACCUAAAGGGCCAGUCUUCAACAAGACAUUACCUGAAGAACCAACUGAACGUCCAGAUAUACAGCCAUGUCAGGCACAAUGCAGCGAGACAAACUUUACUGUCACGUUAACAUGGAAGGCAGGGAACAUGUUUAUAUGGAAUGGUAUUCCUGAAAAGUCUGUCAUCAGAAUAUACCAAAGAAAUUCUUCAUCCCAAAGCUUAGAGGAAAUGUACCAAAACACAUCACAUAAUAUUGGGAAUCUCAUAAAGACAGUCCAUGUUCCUCUGGAGCCUAAUUACAAUGGGUCGUUGAUGAGAUAUUCUGUCAGCAAUCUCAACAGCAAACAGACUUACUUCUCUAAGGUGCAGUUGUGUUCAAAUGGAGGUUGUGGCCCCCCAAGUGCAAUGGCAGUACUAAGCUGCAAUUAUUGCGAAUUGUUGGGACCUUUAUCAACAGGUAAUGGCCAUAAGAACUAGUCAACCUGUGUAAGG